AUGGCAGAUCCUGUUGCCCGCAGCUUCCGACCCAUGAUCCUCGCUACAGAUUACAACGCAACAGACCACGAACUGGCAGAACCGGAAUCUGUUACCGUGGAGCCAGAUACGUCGUCGUCAGUGCUGGUUAUUGUUCAGCCACCCGCCGACGCUCAGAGCAUUGUCAGUUACAAGGCCUCCAUUGAAGGAGGAGACGAUGCAGAUAAAGCCUGUGAAAUGACAGAUGUGAACAAGCCGAGUUGCGUUAUUGGUGGCCUGAAACCGGCCGCCAAGUACACGGUCAGAGUCGUGUCCUGUGCAGAAUCUGCAAACUUGGUCAGGUGCACUAAGGGAAUAACUGGAUCCGGAUGGACAAGACCUACCACUCCAAACGCGCCAAAGUUUGUGGACAGUGAGAAUAAUUCCAUAACGUGGAGCUUUGAAAAAUUGGCCGACGAGACUAAAACGUACCAGUACACACUUCAAGAUGAAAUGAAUUUAACCCUUUCAACAUGCCAAAUUGACAAGUUGCAAUGUCAAUUGAAGAAGCUGAAACCAUCCUUCACGUAUACCGUUUUCUUGGUUGCCUGUUUCACUGAAGAGGAGCAAAUGGUUUGCAGCGAGAAAUCUGACGCGCAGGUCUCAAGUACCCGGCCACAACUGUCAGUAGAAGGGACAUCGACGCAGUCGGUGAACAUCAGAGUGCGUCCAAGAAGUAGUGCUGGAAAUGUCGCACGUUACGUGGCAAAGAUAGAAGGCCUCGAGGAUAAAACUUGUGUAGCACCUGCCGAAUACCCUUAUAUAUGCAAUAUAAGGGGUUUGAGUGUGGCGACGCAGUACACGGCAGUUGUUUACUCGCAUUUGGGUGAGCCGUUUUCGGCGCUGUCAAGUCGCGAAGGUACAAAUGGCAGUGGAUGGACUCUUCCUGAAGAGCCAGCAUCUGUGACCGUGGAGCCAGACACGUCGUCGUCGGUGCAGGUUGUUGUUCAGCCACCAACCGAAGCUCAGGGCAUUGUCAGCUACAAGGCUUCCAUUGAAGGAGGAGACGGUGUUGAUCAAGUCUGUGAAAUGAAAGAUGUGAACAAGCCGAGUUGCGUUAUAAGUGGAUUGGAACCGGCUACCCAGUACACUGUCAGAGUCGUAUCCUGUGUAGACCCCACGAAUCCUGUGGUGUGUGGUGAGGGUACAACUGGAUCUGGAUGGACGAGACCUAACAAACCAGAAUCUGUGAAGGUGGAGUCCGAUUCGACGACAUCUGUGGCAGUCACAUUUAAGGCACCAGCUGUGAGCACAGGGAUAGGCCGGUACGAGGUGUAUCGCGAUGGAGACGAAUCAAAGCCAGCUUGCUCCAUUGCAUCUGACGCUCAGCUCAAGUGUCAGUUGACAGGCUUGGAAGCUGCCACAGAGUACGGAGUCAAAGUGAGAGCCUGCAUUAGCGAUGUGGACCCUGCAGUCUGUAGUGAGGAUGUGAUGCAGUCUGGAUGGACGAAGCCAAACAAACCAGGAUCUGCGAAGGUGAAUCCAAGUUCAACCUCAUCGGUAACUGUCACAUUUGAGGCACCUGCAGACGCGAAGGGAAUUGGCCGUUACGAAGCAUUCGUUGAUAAAGAUUUAAGUAAAUCGUGCAAAACAUCAUCGUUGGACGCGCUCAGCUGUGAGAUAGAAGGCUUGGAAGCAGGUACACAAUAUGAGAUCAGUGCCACAGGAUGCAUUGCCGACACAGAUCCUGCAGUGUGUAGUGAAGCGGUGGCUGGGUCAGGAUGGACGAAGCCGAGCCAACCAGAAUCUGUGAAGGCGGAGCCAGAGUCGACGACAUCUGUGGCAGUCACAUUUAAGGCACCAGCUGUGAGCACAGGGAUAGGCCUGUACAAGGUGUACCAAGAUGGGGAUGACUCAACUCCUAAGUGUUCAUUUAAACCCGAAGAUGAGCUGAAGUGUUCAGUGACAGGCUUGGAAGCGGCCACAGAAUAUAGAGUCAAAGUGAGAGCCUGCAUUAGCGAUGUGAACCCUGCAGUCUGCAGUGAGGAUGUGAUGCAGUCUGGAUGGACGAAGCCAAAUGAGGAGUCUCCGAAUUACGUGCUAAUUAUCAGCUUGGUUGUGGUUUUCUUCGUCCUCAUCAUCGUCAUCAUUUUGUCUGUCGUAUUCGUCAAAAGACGAAAGUCGCGCAGCUAUGACGUCGAUGACGACCAGAGCGAGUUAGUUAAUUUUACUUAA